AUGUACGAUAACAACAGGGGUCUUCCAGACGAAUCUCCCCGUGGAAGUGUUGCAAAUCUCAUCGGUCGUUUCGAAAUCCAGAGCAAACGCUCCGCACAAUCGGCAGCCAUCUCUGCCUCAUCUCGCAGCUCCAGCGUUGUCUCCCAGACCAGCACGAAUGGUGAUUCUGCUACAGCGGAAAUCAGAGAGAAGAGGGAAUGGCCGCCCAGGUCCGCUACGCAACAGCAAGAGAAACCAGCGUUUGCUCUUCCCUCGUACUUGAGGCCCAACGUAGGAUCCCUCGCCAAUACGGUUGCCUCUUCCCUUGCGUCAGCUCAGUCGGGUGCUGCUGGAGGUCCAGGACGUAGCGGCCCCCCUCCCCCAAAGGACGAGGCGGAUGCUGCGGCAACGAACGGCGGUGACGCCGCCACCCCCAUGGCUCUCUCGAGAUCAAACUCGCGUGCAACUCUGAACGCUGAGCCAAAGGCUAAAUCAGACGCAGCACCUCUCGACACAGCGUCUGCUGCUUCGGCAAAAGUCGAAGACGACGCUGAUCCUAUUACGCCUAAACCCGGAUCGGUGCAGAAGAAGGCCAGCACGUUGACCAUCACCCCAGCCGAUGCCAAAGUCCCUGACAAGACGCCAACCACCGCCAAACCACCAGCCACGAAACCUGCUACUACUGCCCCUUCAAGAAUCUCUGCGCCUCCGAAAACACCCGCCAAAACCCCUGCAAAGGCCCCUGCAAGGACCCCUGCAAAGACUCCUUCGAAGACCCUCACCCCUGCGACUUCCAUGCAACCUCUCAAACCCCAACACACCGGACAAUCUGUUGGUUCAACUGGGACCACUCGUAGACAGGCCGCUAGGACACCAGUCCCAGCAACCCCGUCUCGCGCCAAAACACCUUCGAGAGCCACGCCUGCCAGAACGAAGUCCCCUGCUGUGACCCCAGCUCGGGCAAAGACGCCGUCCACCGGCCUGUACGCACCGACUGCAGCCUCCCUUGCUCGGUCGAGAACCGCACCGGAGGCUCCACCCCCACCAAGCACUAAGAAGGUGUUGAGCAGUGAGGUGGCUGAUAGAUUGACGAAGCCAACUGCAGCCUCUCUCUCCAAAGUCCGCACUCCCGUCCCGACAGCCUCACCACGUCCCAGUGUUGGUGCGACGCCGAUCAAGAGAACGACCACGACACCUGCUGGAACGCCUUCAAAGGCCACACCAGCUACUCCCUCCAAGUCGGCGUUGAGAAAGCCUGCUCCUACAUCCCCUGCGAUCAAGAAAGCUGCUAGCACCACUGCCAGUAAGGCUAAAUCUGCCACUGCUGCCGCCGCUUCCACUGUCGCAGCUGCUGCGCCUGUCGUCGAGCCCACGAUUGAGGCCAAGGAGGAGCCCGUAGAAAUACCACAGCCAGUCGCUGAACCUGUUGCAGAGCCCCCUGAGCUCGAGCCCGAAGCGCCUGUCGUUGAGCCGGAGGUUGUUAAUCUCACCAAUGGCCACACGGAGGAGCCAGCUCAGGAUGUCGGUGCUGUCGCGACACCCACUCUGCCAGUUGAAGGUGAGCCUGAGGUCAAUGGCAAGGCUGGCGACGACAUCGAAGCCCUCGUCAAUAUGCUGGAAGCCAAACCCAUCUUGGCCAAUGCCGGGGUUGACGACAAGAUCGCUGAUAUUCCCGACGAGGAAUAG